UCAUUAAUAUUCGUUUGAUAUUCAUCAGAUGACAGCUACUAUAGAUCCAAAUCAUAGUGUGAAACAUUGACACUUCUAUAAAUUGACAAAAAUUAGACAUAACUUAAAGGCAAGGGCUCAUUAUUGAGUAGAAGAAAUGGAGGAGAAGAAGCUACCUAGUUUAGCUCUUGGGCUGUUGCUGCUGCUGAUGUUGUGGUUUAUGAUUUCUCUGGGAAUGGCAUGUCCUUCAGAUGGCAGUGGAUGUAAAGAAUGCAUCGUCAACCAGAUGAUGUAUGGAUGCCCGUCAUGUGUGCCACUGCUACGGUGCAUGGCACGGUGCUUGUGGAGUGGCACAUGUAGGUCCGACUGUAUCAAGAGGUGUGACUGCGGUGGUGGGAAGCCAAGCCUUUCUGACUGCAAGAAAUGCAUGUCAAGGUGCAAGUGCAGUUGCAUGGCAUAAACAGUCUCAACCAAGUAUCUUCCCACUACCCAUUAUCUAUUUAUGCAUAAAACUAGCAUUUAGAACUUGUCACUCUGAAUCUUUUACCCUGAUGUUCAAUUGCACAAGCAACUCCUGUUUUAUGCAGAGAUAGCACCAUCCAUGGUGAAUCAUAACAUAUUUACCAAUAUCAAUGAUGAUCAUCAUAUAUGUAUCUUUUAUCAAUAAAAAAAUUUGCUUAUAAAAAAAUUGCUUUACC